AUGAUUUUUGAAGGGAUUUUCUUAUCACCGCCGGUUCUUCUUCAAAAAGCAAAAGAUCAGUUGGGGGAGUUUGUAAAGGCUGACCAAACUUUACGGGCCAAAACAGCACAGAAUAGGCAACCUGCACGGGAUAAAUGGCAAGUACCGGAUUUGGGAGCUUUAAAGCUUAAUUGGGAUACUGCUCUCGAUACAAGGAAGAAGAGGAUGGGGGUGGGGAUAGUGGUACGCAAUCAUGAUGGUGAGGUAUUGCUAACGAAAUGCAUGGUGCAGGACCAUAUAACUGAUCCCACAAUUGCAGAAGCGAUAGCAGCACGGGCAUCAGUUGAACUUGUUAGACAGCUGGGUUUUCAAUCUGUCAUAUUUGAGGGGGAUUCCUUGGUGGUGGUUAAAGCACUUAGCAGUGAGGAUAGAUGCUGGUCUCAAUUUGGGAUGUUGAUAGAAGAAACUAAGAUCAUUCUUCGAAGUUGUGGGUCAUGGGAGGUUUGCCAUAUUAGGAGAGCUGCGAAUGAGGUGGCACAUAGAAUAUCUAAGCUAGCACUUACUCUCAAUGAAACACAUGUCUGGGAGGAGUCUGUUCCUUUAUGUAUUAGGGAGAUUGUAAUGGCUGAAAGGCCUCUUUGA